AUGGACGCAGCGGCGGCAAAAGCCCACCAAGUUGAGGACGAGGAUUUUGAGUACAACGCCAGGGAUGCCAUCAUCUAUGCUCUUGGCAUCGGCGCAAAGGCAAAGGACGAUCUUCGCUACGUGUACGAGUUGGAUGAGAAUUUCCAAGUAUUCCCGACAUUCGCCGUCGUGCCUGGAUUUGUCGUCAAAUCGCUGGCUAGCUGGCCAGGUGUUUCCUACGAUCUGACCCGCAUCCUGCACGGCGAGCAAUAUAUCGAAUUCUACAAGCCGAUUCCGACGGAGGGAAAAUUGAGAAGUAGCCAGAGAGUGGCCGAGAUUCUUGACAAGGGCAAAGGAGCAUUGAUUCUGUCCAAUGUAACGACAUAUGAUGAUGAUACUGGCGAGAAACUGUUCAUGCAACAAUUCGCCACUUUUCAGGUGGGUGCCGGUGGUUUCGGUGGGGCCCGUACCUCCCCUGAAGAAUUCCAAACGGCCAAAAUUCCGGAGAGGAAACCGGAUAGAAUUGUUGAGGAGAAGACAUCUCUCGAUCAGGCUGCCCUCUACCGUCAAGGAUCUGGAGAUCCCAACCCGCUCCAUAUCGAUCCGUCAUUCGCACAGAUGUCGGGAUUCCCGGAGCCAAUCCUUCACGGUCUAUGCUCGAUGGGAUUCUCAGCCCGUCACGUCAUAAAUAGCUUUGCGGAGAAUGAUGGAAAUCGAUUGAGGGCUAUCAAGGUGCGUUUCUCCUCUCCUGUCCUCCCAGGUCAAACCCUUCAAACGGAAAUGUGGAAAGAAGGGGAUCGAGUGCUCUUCCAGACCAAGGUGAAAGAGACGGGGAAAGUGGUUAUUGCAAAUGCGUGGGCAAAAAUUGAUGGAAUGACUGGUGGAGCUGCCGUUGGAUGUCCAGUAUCUGCCCCGAAUACGGGAAAAAUGACGCUGAAAUCGGCGGCCCUUUUCGACCAGAUCAAGGCCGAACUCCCGAACCACACGCAAAAGGUGAAACAAGUGAAGGGAAUCAUUCAGUACGAGCUCACUUCUGGAGGGAAAGUCGUCGGCAAAUACACAAUCGAUCUGAAGAACGGAGACGGUACCGUUUAUGAGGGAGAAGCUAAGGAAAAGGCCCAAGUUACGGUAACCGUCGACGAUGAGGAUUUCGUGAAAUUGGCCGCCGGAGAACUAGAACCAACAAAGGCGUUCAUGCAGGGAAAGAUCAAAGCCAAGGGAAAUAUCAUGAUGCUCCAAAAACUACAGGGACUUCUCCAAGGGGCACAAAAGGCCAAGCUA